GCCGAGUCGGAGGUGGCUGCUUUGAACAGGAAAGUCCAGAUCAUCGAGGAGGACUUGGAACGCUCGGAGGAACGUCUGAACACCGCCACUGCCAAGCUCGCCGAAGCCUCCCAGGCUGCUGACGAAUCUUUCCGUAUGUGCAAAGUCCUGGAAAACCGUGCCCAGCAAGAUGAGGAGCGAAUGGACCAGCUUACGAAUCAGCUGAAGGAAGCACGUCUCUUGGCUGAAGACGCCGACGGCAAAUCUGAUGAGGUCUCCCGCAAACUGGCCUUCGUUGAGGACGAGCUUGAAGUAGCCGAGGACCGCGUCAAAUCCGGCGAAGCCAAAAUCAUGGAGUUGGAGGAGGAACUGAAGGUUGUCGGAAACAGCUUGAAAUCUUUGGAAGUCUCCGAAGAAAAAGCUAACCAGAGAGUCGAAGAAUUCAAGCGACAACUGAAGACCCUGACAGUCAAACUAAAGGAGGCCGAGGCCCGCGCCGAAUUCGCUGAGAAGACAGUCAAGAAGCUCCAGAAGGAAGUCGACAGGCUCGAAGACGAGCUCGGAAUCAACAAGGACAGAUACAAGUCCCUGGCCGACGAGAUGGACUCCACCUUCGCCGAGUUGGCCGGCUACUAAGCCGUCGAAGUUCUCCGAAACACCGACAGCAACAACGACAACAACAACAACAACAGCAUUGCACCAACGAACAAAGCUCUACUAUUCAAUCCUCAUACUGCCGCGCCGAUAUCGCACCACCAUCAGCAGUAGCAGCAGAUUGGCGUUGCCGCGGGGACAAGUUAUUUACGCACGCGAUACUUGACAUUAUACGAACAAAACUAGAAAAAAGUGAAGAUUAUUAUUAUUAUUAUUACUUGUAAUUUUAUCGCUCCUCUCCUAGUAAUUUGCACGAAGACUGGCCCUAGUCUCCGCUGAAAACGACGAUACAUACAUUGCCUUAUUAUGCUGCUGUGUCGCGAAACAUGAUAGACGAUCGUGGCCUAUUAUUUACAUUUGUUGUUCCUCCUUUUGUGUCUACGUCUCUCUCUCUCUCUCUCUCUCUCUCUCUCUCUCUCUCUCUCUCUCUCUUUCUAACACUUAUGGAGCUAUACCUAAUUGACACACAUAAUAAACUUAGAAGAAUCGAGGCCAGGAUCGAUGACUGUGUUGUUAUUUAUUCUCACUUUCAAGAAAUUGAUAACAUUUUUUUUAAGAAUAAAGAUUCUCUUACGUAGCGCACCUGCUUUUAUUCAGAACAAUUAUUCAUUCAAUUUAAACACAUACAAGGGCAACGAGCUUGCGCACUAGCGCAUCGCUAUGGUGACGCUAAUAAGGCAACAAUCGACAGUAGAGAACCGAACGUUCGCAGGCCAGAGGUUGAGUAAACUCUUAUAUUGUACAUAAUAAUUCUCGAGAGCAAAGAUAAUGUCGUAUUAUGCGACGCCAAUUUUGUAUCUCAACAUGGGAGGAGAAAUGCUGUACGUGUUGCAGCAGAGGCUGAAAACUCAGAAAAUCGGCUCCGAUAAAACUAUUCAAGUGAUGAACGAUGUGAUACACGCCCUACUUAAUCCACAGCAGCUGCACGAGAUAUUUGAUAAGGUUCCGCUGAUGAGCCUGCUGUCGCUGCGUGCAAUUCUCGAAAGGGUUGUGCUAUCGUCGAUAAUGCGACUCGACGACAACAGUAUGAACAAACUCUUUGAUUUAAUGAUAAUGAUGGUCAAGUACCAAUUGGUUACCGCCAGCGGGCCUCGAGAAGUCUUUCUCUCGACUCUCAAUCAUUUGGACGCUCUCCGCGACAUGGCGGCCAUUGACAGGACACUCGGAAAACACAUAGAUUUCACCUACCAACUCUUGCUCGACACAUACGGUCAGAUGAAUCACAAAGAGAUUUGGCAGAUACGAACAGAAUGCCUGCGGCAGAUUCGAAAUCACAAUGUGCGCGUCUCGAUACUCCUGCGCUUGGGGAUGCAGAAUCAAGAUGCGAGCUUUAAUAGGUUGGUCCAGCGAUAUGACGAACAGUACGAGGAGAGACGAGAGGUGCUCGAAAAUAUUAAACUCGUAGACUACGCGGACGACGAGGGCAGUGCGGGCUCGCUUGCGUUUAGCGGAGAUCGAGUCACUUUAUUGGGAAAAAAUGUGUAUUCCUCGACCUAUGGUCGAGUGCAGAGCAGCAGCAGCAGUAGGUCGAGCCAAAAUUUGAGCCAGGUGGUAGCUGUCAGUAACAAGUCAAUGAGAAAGGAGCUCGAGACCAUGGCCGCUCAACUUGGCAAAGAGGAAGCCGCACCAGUUCGUCCCUUUAGUCUGCAUCUAUUCGGAAACGACAACGACAGGAGUAUGGAUUGCACGCCCGACAAUUGCGGAUACGCCGAUCGUAUCGACGAUAUGCAAGACGGAAAUUUUAACGACGACAGAAAUAAUCGAUCGGUUACGGAAUACAAACGAAAUCUAGUGAAGAACGUGAACUCGGAGUUUUCAGAAAACGAUAACAAGGUCGCUGCACCCGCGUGCACCAAAGCCACGGAUCUCAUGAAUUUGUUGGACGCGAUGCGAUAAAAGGAUUAUUGUAUUUAUUACAACGAAUUAAUGUAACAGCUCCAGAAUAAAUUUACGAAAACCAAACGUUACAAUAUA